AUGAAAAAAUCAAUCCUUUCAUCCUUCAGCUCCGUGAAGAGAAUUUCGAGUGCAUUCUUUGGUGGUCAGCAGAAGUUGGAUCGUACGAUAAUUCCUUCGUAUGAUCAUCAUCUUCUCAAGCAAGGAGUGUUCCGAUUAUUUUGUACCUCUUUAAGUAUGAUGAUUUGUCAUUCCCAUGUCAAGUAUUAUCAUACUUGUUUGAAAAAUCUCACGAACACGGGACUGGUUAGAGAUCUUUCCUCCUUCUUCAAAUCAGGAGGAUUCAAUUCCAUCAUCACUAACAACAAUCAUCAUCAGCAGUUUAGAAAUUUUUCCAAUUAUCAUUAUCAUGUUACGAGGAAUUCCAAUUCAAACUAUCAGGAAGGAAAACAACAACAACCGAUCAUGAAGAAAUCAUCGGAUCAAGAUGAUCCUUCGUUUUCCUCCUCCUUGGAAGGCUCCUCUCCAUUGAUUCUGUACAAUUCCAAAUAUCCCCAUUUCAUUCAUCGCUUUCUCAUUCAACCUUACCAAAGAAAUAAGACUCAUCUCUAUAAUGCACUAAUUACUUCGGGACUAUUCUAUACAAUCUAUGAAUAUGAUAUUGAUGUAAAUUGGUUUUUGGCAUUGUUGUGGUUGAUGGGAAGCAGCUAUUUGAGUUACUCUUCACAUGUACAUAAUAUUAAUCACAUUCCACUCGUAUUAACAAAAUUAGAAUAUGAUUCCAAGAAGAAGGUAUUAAUAUUGUACGAUGAUCGAGGACAAGUUAUUGACAAGAUUACAGAUUUUCGUAAUUUAAUUCUUGAUAAUGCUUUAGAAUUUAAAGUACACAUGCCGCUUGCUGGAUUUUUCUGGAAGAGCUUUUUAUUGAAUCGUCACGAUAUGACUCAACGUUAUGCAUUGAAAUUUCUACACUUUAAUGCCAAUCAAGCAAAACAGAGAGCAGUAGCUGGAGAUUUUGGAGCUCAACAAAACAUUUCAGAGCGAAUGAAACAAGACAAGAUCACCUCUAUUGAUCCAGAGACAGGCGUCAUGAGACAAUAUGUCUAUAUGGUGGUCAACUCCAAUCCUCAAGUCAUUCAAGAAUUGAGAGAGGAUCUCGAAGAACUGCGGCAAGAACAUGUGAAAUCUUCAAAAUGGCCCAAAUGGUAA